UGCCGUUCCAAAAAUUUCUGAAUUUGGCUACGCAGCUGAUCAUUCAGUGCUAGAGCAGUGGGAGAGAAGCAUGGAAUGAUUGUGGAGUGCAUUGGAAACAAAGCAAGGGUGAAGGGAGGCUGAGGUCACUAGGCGUCUAGGUAGGUUGCUUCUGAAGCAGUCCACCAAUAACAUGGAGAGGUCCCCUUCAAGCUCUCCAGUCUCACCAGGCUAUUAUAAAGGGACGACGCCCGUGGAUCCCCGGCGGCAAAGCCAUGGCGUUCUUCAACGGCGGGUCGCGGGCGCUGGUCGAAAUCUUGACGAGGUCCCAGAGCGCCGAGAGACCAAUGCCGGUGGAUCACACCUUCUUCGAGUUCGGAUCAGUGCGAUACCAUGUACAGGCCUCGGCAUCGGACCCCGAGAACGUGUAUCUGUCGAUAUCGACGCCGUCCCUCUCCCACGAGGCGUCGCCGUCGACCGGCCUGCCGGAGUUCACGCUGCAGGAGGCGAGGAAGAUGUACCACAAGUUCGCGGAGAUCGUGGAGCCGUCCAAGGAAGGGUAUGCUCUGACCCUGAAGCUCAACUUCUCCGGCCUGACCCGGCCAAAAGGUGCUGUGCAGAUCGCGCCAAGGCUGUUAGGCAGGUGUCGCUGCUGCAGUCCGUCGUCCUCGGGUCGCAGCUGAAGCACCUGCUGGGGAGCCUCGGCUCCUCCGGCGCCACCAAGCUCGUGUACAACCACCGCGACCCCUUCUUCGUCAGCAGGACGCCGGGGAAGAUCAAGGCCAUUUUCCCCAUGCGUUUCCGGGACGACACGGACAUAGCCGUCGCCACCUCCUUCUUCCAGGAGCUGCAGGACGCAGGGAACUCGUACGCGAAGGCGCCCAAGUGCAGCUGGUCGGCCAUCCCGCCGCCGGAGCUGCGCGGGGAGUCCGUGCAGCACCUCACCACCAACGGCGGCUUCGUCUCCUUGGACAUCUUCGAGCGGCACGUGAAGCGGAAGAGGGCCGCCAAAACGGCGUGGAUCCUGCUCAACUUCCAGGCCUACGUCAAGUACCACAUCAAGUGCACCCGAAACUACAUUCAGAGCAGGAUGAGAAAGCGGCAGGAGAGCUUGGCAGAGGUAAUCCAAAAUGCGAGGCUAAGGGGAGGCGAUGACAAGAAGAAAUCACAAGUGAGGAAGAAGAGCAAGAGAAGACUGUUCAGCCUCGGCAAGGCCAAGAAACUGCAGAAGGGUUUCAGGGCUGUCAUUGACGGGAUCAAGCGGCUCCGGCUGAGAAUCAGAGUGAAAGCUCUGGACCGGUUCAGGCGGUGCUUCGUCGUGCCCAAGCUCGCUACGAAGAAGCAUAAUUACCUCAGACUAGGAGCAUGAACAAAGACCCCAUUCUGAUGUCAGGACACACCCUCAAGCAUGGGCAAUCAGAUAAGGAGGCGGUAAUCCGGUAUAUGAAUUUUCUUCAGGACAAGAGCUUUUUUGCAGGUUGUUUUGGUGCAUGUACUUACAUGCUAAAAGCUAGACAUGACUUGGCUGUAUUUCUAGGAGGAUCUAGAAGUUCAUGUAACCUACUGACCAGAGAAUGGACACUUGGAUAAUUAUAAAGAUCGAUGCCGCACAAGGGAUUCAUGCUGU